GAAGAUUCAAGGGGUUUCUCUAAAUGCUUCAUUGUUAGUAUUCUUAUCCUACCUUACCCCGGAUUUUCCUGUUGAGCUAGUCUAGUCUAUCUAAUCUCCUCCCUUCUCUCCUCAUUUCCUUCCCUAUCUUCUCUCUGUCUCUCUCUCUCUCUCUCUCUCUCUCUCCCUACUCGGAAUCUCUCCCCGCUGAUAAGAACUCGGUAUCGGAUCCCGACCGGAUUCUUUUCCCUCCCCCCGCAUUCACCAUCACUACUUAAGCGACUAAUGCGCUCUAAUUCCUCCAAAAUGAGAAUCAGCAAAGUUUCAUCAUCAUCACCGUCUUUUGAGUCAUCCCCGAGUUCCGCAGAAUUGAGCCGAUUGACGUCAACAUGGGCUCCACUUCCAACCCCAACGUGACCGCCCAGCCCCAUAUCCCCCCAGCAGGGGUCUGGUGUCCAGCCGUGACUUUCUUCGAUCACGCGACCGACACCAUUGACUUGGUUGCCCAGAAACAAUACUAUAAAUAUCUGUCGACGACAGGUCUGGCCGGACUCGUCAUCCUUGGCACCAACUCCGAAGCUUUCCUCCUUACCCGCGAAGAACGAUACCAAUGCAUUGCCGCCGCCCGCGAAGCCGUGGGGCCUGAUUUCCCCCUCAUGGCCGGCGUGGGCGCCCACUCCACCAAACAAGUCCUCGAGCUCGCCUCCGACGCGGCUGCCGCGGGUGCCAACUACCUGCUGGUGCUGCCCCCGGCAUACUUCGGCAAAGCCACCACCCCCGCCGUCGUGAAGCGGUUCUUCGCCGACGUCGCCCGUCAAUCCGCCCUCCCCGUCGUGGUGUACAACUUCCCCGGCGUGUGCAAUGGGGUGGAUCUCGACUCGGAGACCAUCACGGCGAUUGUCCGGGAGUCUGAGGCGCAGAGCCCCUCGGGCGUCUCGAACGUGGUCGGCGUGAAACUGACCUGCGCGUCCGUCGGCAAGAUCACCCGGCUGGCGGCCACGUUCUCCAAGGACCAGUUCGCCGUGUUCGGCGGACAGUCCGACUUCCUGCUGGCGGGGCUGGCGGUCGGAUCGGCCGGGUGCAUUGCGGCCUUCGCGAACGUCUUCCCCAAGACCGCCGCGCGGGUCUACAAGCUGUAUGUGGAGGGCAAGGUCGACGAGGCGUUGGCGUUGCAGCGGCAGGCGGCGUUGGCGGAGUCGCCGUGCAAGAGCGGCAUCGCGUCCACCAAAUACGCCACGGCCGUCUUCUCGGCGGUGGCAGCGGGGAUUGAGGGUGCGGAGGAGAAACUGAAGCCUCGCACCCCGUACGAGGAGCCUGCCCAGGGGGCUAAGGUCACGGUGCAGGAGGUGAUGGGUAAGAUGGCAGAGGUGGAGAAGGCACUGUAAGUAGAUUUUUAGAACAGGUGUACAUAUUUCCUAGCGUAAAAAUACAGAGGGCGCUCAUGUUUGGUCCUUUGCUUGCGUUAGGGUUCAAUUGUAGACCAUUACUGGCGGUGAAGGUGAAGGUGUCGGUCUGGCCAGGCAGGGUAAAAGUUGACCCAGCCUGGACAAGUCUGUGGAUACCUUCUGGUUACAGUUCCUCUCGUUGAACCCCAUACGUGCGCUUCUUGCAAUCUAAAUGAACUGUCUAAGGGCCCAGCACCUGCAGCGAUGGGUUUCCUCUCCACUUUAGCCCGAUGGGUCCCAUUGACUGUUUCUACGCAAUAUCUUCGACAAUGACGCUUGCUUCUACGACGGCAAUGACAGCAAUUGCACUGUCGAAUGGUUCCUAGGAUCGAUGCGUACUUGUGUGCAGUAUCGGUAGGCGUAAACAGUUCUCUCC